CUUGUACAGAAAGUUGCUCCCACAACAGGCGUUUUUUUUUGUGAAAGAUAGUUUACCUUGCUCCCUUUCUCGGGCGGAGUUCAAGUUAACAGAGAAGAGUAAUAAACUUGAAGUUCGGUGAACCAAAACAUAACCCCAUGCAAUAGGUAAAUUCACAUUCUCCCAAAAAUUGGCUGUUAAACCGAAUGAAUGGAUAACAUUUGUAGAACAUGUCUAAAAGUGAGUGAUAACUUAACAAGCAUCUUUGAAGACGCUUUGCUCUCGUACAAAAUUGGAAUUAUAUCAUCAGUAAAGGUUUCCGCCGAUGACGAUUUACCAUCAACAAUAUGCGAGUUAUGUAUUCGCAACGUGCACCUCCUUUACGAUUUCCGAAAUGUAAUAAUCACGAGUAACGCGACGCUACUGAAACGUAGAGGUAGUCUCCCGGAACGCAAUAAUGAAGUUGUGAUUAAAUGCGAGUCCAAUGUGUUGGAGCAGACAACCGAUGAGUAUAUCAAACUUGAUUGCAUCGAUUCCGAGUUUGAUGAUGAAAUGCCCGAGUUACAAAAACCCUAUGUUCAAAAGGCGAUUAUGAAGGCGGAGGAGCGAAAAUUAUCUGGGCAGAAAAUUAAAGAAAGUAGGAAAAAAAGACCUGUCAAAAAACCAGUACCACACUCCGUUUGUAAUGUUUGUGGUGUUACUAUUCGCAGUGAUAAUUUAAAUAAACACAUUCUUAUUCACAUAGAAGACCCAGUAAACUGCACUGUAUGUGGUAAAACGUGUAAAAAUUCCGAAUCUCUUCGAUCACACAUGAUAAUGCAUAGGGGUAUCACUUACUCGUGUAAAAUUUGUACAAAAGUUUACAAGCAUAGAGGAGGGUUAAUUGCUCACAGAAAAAGGCAUGCAGCUGGCGGCGCUAAGACAGUUCCUUGUUCAAUUUGCGGGAAAUUAUUUUACGAUAAGCAAGUACUGCAGAAACACAUACGCAGUCAUACCGGUGAACGACCGUACCCCUGUAAGUAUUGCAACAAGGGAUUUUCAAGCCUUUAUGCGCGUAAUACUCACACUCGUCAACAUACCAACGAAAGGCCGUAUGCCUGCCAGUUUUGUGGUGCGGCCUUUCAUCAGAAGGUCUCUCUAAAAACACAUUUUCAGUCUAAACAUCCAACAGAGGUUGAUGCUUUAAAUUCGUUAUGAAAAUGUAACUUAAUCUCGAUUUAGGAAAUUUUUUUUAAUAAAGGCUUAAAGGAA